CAAGGCCCUUGCAUCCUCAUCGUGCGUCCUUGCCGUACGGGUUGACUGUACUCGGCCUCCUCGUCGACCUCCGUGCCCACUCUCGUCGCUGCGCGGCCAUGGCGGAGGGCCGGGCGAAGAGGCAAAAGAUGGCGCCCGCCCUGUUCCGCACGCUCGCCGAGCUCGAAGAGUCGCUUCCCCCGCCAUGGCGCGAGGACGAGCGCGUCCUGCAGCUCCGCUGCGCAACCCUCGCCGCGAGGGCCAACGGGCGGGCGCCGCUGGCCGUCGUGGACGACGACCCCACCGGCACGCAGACGGCGCAUUCCGUGCCGGUGCUGGCGGACUGGUCGGAGCCGACGCUCGCGCCCGUGCUCAGCAUGGACCGGCCGUGCUUCUACCUGCUGGCCAACACGCGCGCGCUGCCAACGGAGCAGGCGGUGGCCCGCGCGGAGGAGAUCGGCCGCGGCCUGCGGGCCGCGGCCCUGCGGGCCGGCGUGGGCCCCUUGUCGGCGGUGGUGUCGCGCGGCGAUUCCUGCCUGCGCGGCCACUACCCCGCCGAGACGGAGGCCCUGGCGCGCGGCCUCGGCUGGGGCGUCGAGGGCGGGGAUGCCGAGGCGCCCACGGUGGUGCUGGCCCCCUUCUUCGCCGAGGGCGGGCGGCUCACGGCGGGGGACGUGCACUACGUCGCCGACCCCGCGGGGGCCGACGGGGUCAGGGCGCUGACGCCCGUCGGGGCGACGGAGUUUGCGCGCGACAGGGCCUUCGGCUUCACAGCUUCCUCGCUGCCGGAGUGGGUGGCGGAGAAGCACGCCGGGGCCGCGGCUCCGCAGGUGUGCUCCGUGGACCUCCGCCUCCUCCGGGAGGCGGGGCCCCAGGCAGUGGCCGAGCUGGUCACGGCCGCACCCGCGGGCUGCGUCGUGAUCGCGAACGCCGUGGCCACGCGCGACAUGCAAGUGUUCGCCCUGGGGUGCCUGAUGGCGGAGCUGGCGAGGGGCCCAAGGCGGCCCAUCCUCUACCGCAGCGCCGGGGCCCUGGUCUCGGCGCGCGCGGCGCUGCCCCCCAGGCCGCUGCUCAGCGCCGCCGAGCUCGCCCGCACGUCGGCGGGGCCCGGGGGGAAGGCGGGGCUGGUGGUCGUCGGCUCGUAUAGGGGAGCAGCUCCGACCAGCUGGCCGUGCUGCUGCAGCAGUGCCCCUGGCUGGCCCCCGUGGAGCUCCGGGUCGAGGCCUUCGCGGAGGGCGCGGGGGCCGCCGGGGCGGCGGAGGCGCGCCGCGCCGGGGAGGCAGUGGCCGCCGCCCUGGCGAGGGGCGAGUCCGCCGUGCUGCACACCAGCCGGAGGGUGGUGCAGGACGACGGGGCCGGCGGCCUGCACAUCGGCGCCCGCCUGACCGACGCGCUCUGCGGGAUCGUCGAGGGGGCCCUCGCCGGCGAGGCCCCGCCGAGCUUCCUGGUCGCCAAGGGGGGCAUCACCUCCAACGACGUCGCGGUGCGCGCGCUGGGCGUGCGCUGCGCAGAGGUCCUGGGCGCGGUGGUGCCGGGGGUGCCGGCGUGGCGCUGCGGUCCAGAGACGCGAGCCCCCGGCCUGGCCUACGUCGUCUUCCCCGGCAACGUCGGCCAGAAGGAGGACCUCGCCAAGGUGGUGCAGAAGGUGGCGGGCCGGGAGGAGACCUUGGAGGCCCGGCUGCAGCAGAUGUUGGCGCAGGCAGGGCGGGCGGAUCGCGAGGACGACGAGAAGCUCUCCAGGCUACUGGCGUCUCACCUGCGGUCGACAUGAAAUGACAGGUAUCGAGGCACGCCAGCGGCCCACACCUCCUCUCGCUGCGAGAAAAAGAACAACAACAACAAUCAUUCUAAGACUGUUCGCUCU